AUGACCACCUCUGUCCCUUCCACACAGGCAUCCAUCAUCCUCGAUGAGAAGGACUUAGAAGCCUCCGCCGAGCGUAGAAACAGAAUCCUGAGCCACCAUGGCAAGGAUGACCUACUGCCGGCGCCCACGCGCGAGGCCAUCCUCGCCGUCCCUGGUCUAACUGCUGAUCUUGAGGCUACGGGUGUUUACAUCGUCAGCUGGGAUGGCCCAGACGACAAGGCCAACCCGCUCAACUUCUCAGCUUCUCGAAGAUGGCUCACAGUAGCCAACGUCAGCCUCAUCACCUUCAUCACCCCUCUAGCCUCCUCCAUGUUCGCCCCCAGCGUCCCAACCCUCAUGAAAGAAUUCGACGUCCAAUCGCCCCUCCUCUCCGCCUUCGUCGUCUCCGUCUUCAUCCUCGGCUUCGUCAUCGGCCCCGUCGUCUGCUCCCCCCUCUCAGAGCUCUACGGCCGCCUCCCCAUCUACCAUUGCUCCAACGUCCUCUUCUUCCUCUGCACCAUCGCCUGCGCCGAGGCAAGGUCCUUGAACAUGCUCAUCGGCUUCCGCUUCCUCGCCGGAUGUGCAGGAGCCGCUGCGUUGGCUAUUGGAGGCGGUACUAUCGCUGAUGUGAUUCCCGUCCACCACCGCGGGAAGGCCAUGGCCCUCUUCUCCAUGGGACCCGUCCUUGGCCCCGUUGUAGGGCCCGUGGGCGGCGGAUUCGCAGUCCAGUCACUGGGUUGGCGCUGGAUCUUCUGGAUCCUCACUAUGCUCUCUGGCUGUGUCACGCUGCUGACAUUUGUUGUUAUGCGGGAGACGUUCGCGCCGACGCUGCUUGGACGCAAAACUACGCGCAUGCAGAAGGCUUAUCCUAAGUACAAAUUCCGCUCGCAGUAUCACACUGGUAUGAAGGCUAGUGCCUAUCUUCGCCGCUCGCUCGUGCGGCCACUGCGCAUGCUGGUCAAUCCGAUAGUUCUCAUACUGUCGGUAUACCUCGCAGUUGGCUAUGGAUACCUAUACAUCCUCUUCACGACAUUCGCGAUCGUCUUCAGGGACCAGUACGGUUUCUCACCAGGGGCUGUGGGAUUAUCGUUUCUGGGCUGUGGUAUUGGUUCCUUGUUGGGGGCAACGCUUUAUUACUUCAUGAGUGAUAGAAUCUUGGAUCGGCUGUCCCAAGCAACGGGACCUCAGCCUGAGCAUCGUGCCCCGGCUAUGUGCCUUGGGGCUAUUUUAAUGCCCAUUGGACUGUUCAUGUACGGCUGGGCAGCUGAGAAGCAAGUACACUGGAUUGUGCCGAUAAUUGGCACUGGAAUAUUUGGCCAUGCGCUGGUCAUGAUAUUUCAAUCUAUAUUGAACUAUAUUGUCGACACAUUCGACAUCUAUUCGGCAUCGGCUCUGGCCGCGAAUAUGGUUCUGAGGUCUCUCGGCGGGGCGUUUUUGCCGCUGGCUGGCGAAGAUAUGUAUGCUGCAUUGGGACUUGGAUGGGGCAACUCUCUUUUGGCAUUUAUUGCGGUUGCCCUCGUACCAGUGCCAUUUGUCAUUUUCAAGUACGGCCAUCGCAUAAGGGCAAUGGCAACUGUCAAAAUCUAG